AUGAAGUCUGCUGUACUUUCAUUCAUCACGGGCUCUCUAUUGGCUUUGCCAGCCCUUGUAUCUGCACAGUUAUCUGGUACAGUCGGUCCUACCACGAGCACUGCUUCUAAAGCUGCGAAGAAAGUCUGUAACAUUCUCAACUACGGAGGUGUUGCUUCAGCGACUACUGACAACGGCCCAGCCAUCUUGGCAGCCUGGAUAGCAUGUAUAUCUGGGGGUGAAGUCUACAUUCCUUCCGGGAGCUAUGGUCUCGGGACUUGGGUUACCCUCACAGGAGGAACUGGCGUAUCUAUUAACUUGGAAGGGACCAUCUAUCGAACUGGAACUGCUGGAGGGAACAUGAUAUUCAUCGAGCAUACAACCGACUUCGAAUUUUACAGUAGUAACUCUAAGGGUGCUAUCCAGGGUUAUGGCUACGUCUUUCACUCGGCGGGCACAUAUGGUCCAAGAAUAUUGCGUCUUUAUCAGGUCACCGGCUUUUCCGUACAUGACAUUGUAUUGGUUGACUCUCCUGCGUUCCAUCUCACACUCGAUACCUGCACAAACGGAGAACUAUACAAUUUGGUCAUUCGCGGUGGUAACGAAGGUGGUUUAGAUGGUGUUGACAUCUGGGGUACUAACAUAUGGGCCCACGAUAUCGAAGUCACAAACAAAGACGAAUGCGUUACUGUCAAGAGUCCUGCCAGCAAUAUCCUAGUUGAGAGCAUCUAUUGCAACUGGUCUGGUGGAUCCGCCAUUGGAAGUCUCGGCGCUGACACUGCCAUCUCCAACGUCGAAUACAACCACGUCUACUCCCAGAACUGCAACCAGAUGAUGCUGAUCAAAUCUAACGGCGGCUCCGGUAAAUUUUCCGGCGCCACCUUCAACAACUUUAUGGGACACAGCAAUGCCUAUACCCUAGAUAUUGACACCGCAUGGUCAGGUCAAUCCGUCGUUGCCGGCAGCGGCGUCACAUAUAGCGAUCUCACCUUCUCCCACUGGCACGGAACCUGCGCCAAUGGAGCCGCCAGAGCUCCCAUCCAAUUGCUAUGUCCAGCAGCCAUCCCUUGCACAGACAUCACGAUCUCCAGUUUCUACAUCUGGACCGACGCUGGAUCUUAUGAAUUGUACAAGUGUAGCAAUGCGUAUGGCAGUGGUCCGUGUCUCAAUAUCGCAUCCACGCAUACUACAUAUACGUCGACCGGAACCGUGACAUCUGUUCCCACUGCUUCAUAUGCCUAUACAACUAUGCCGGGAGAAAUCACCAAAGGCUUGGGCCUGACAACAAGUAUCGCUAUCCCAACUCAUCCAGCAUCAUAUUUCCCCGGUGUUGCUCCUUACAGUGCUCUCUUGGGUUAG